AUGCCUCUCCCCAUAUCCGCCACCGAGGCCAACGCCCGCGCCUUCUUCGCAAAGCCCUACUUUGCCGUCGUCGGCGCCUCCACCAACCAGGCCAAGUUUGGCUACAAGAUCUUUGCUUGGUAUGCCCGCCAUGACCUGCCGGCCACGCCCAUCAACCCCACGGCGCCGUCCAUCUCCGUCGACCGCAUCGCCCACGCCACGCUGCCCAACAUCGCGGCGCUGCCGCACCCGCACGAGACGGGCCUGUCUGUCAUUACGCCGCCGCCCGUGACGCUCCAGGUCCUGCAGGACGCACAGAAGCUGGGCAUCGGCGCCGUGUGGCUGCAGCCCGGCACGUGGGACGACGACGUGGUCAAGUACGCGACGGCCAAGGGCCACUUUACCGACGUCGUGGCGGGCGAGGGCGGCCGCGGCGACGAAGGAUGGUGCGUGCUGGUGGACGGGGAGAGGGCGCUCAAGGCGAACGGGAAGUUGUAG